ACAUCUCUGCCAGUACACAAGUGGAGGGCUGUGCGUUGUUUGCUUUUGAACACAACGCUCCACAUGACAGGAGAUAGCUUCAUAUUCACCACAAGAUGUCUGGGAAUGAAUCAGCGACAAUAUGAUGCAGCGACGUCCUAUUCAUUUUCUCAUGGAUUACGCAAGGACCUUGACCUUGUGUACGCAGUUGAUGUUUGCAGUUUGGAGAUUGCAGCGUCUGAACCAUGUUCUCCACGGCCACUUCAUACAAGAACCAGCAUUACUCGGAGCUGAAGAAGGAAUGUCUGGAGGACAAGAAACUGUUUGAGGAUCCAGAGUUUCCAGUUACCAACGCAUCCCUGUUUUACAGGAAACCACCUCCUGGUAUCGUGGAGUGGAAGAGACCAAGGGAAAUCAGCGACGAGCCUCAUCUGUUUGUGGAGGGCAUCAGCUCCCAUGACCUGAACCAGGGCCGUCUGGGUAACUGCUGGUUUGUGGCGGCGUGCUCCUGCUUGGCACUGAAACCAGACCUCUGGCAGAAGGUCAUCCCUGACUGGAAGGAGCAGGAGUGGGACUCUAAGCACCCGGAGAACUACGCUGGCAUCUUCCACUUCCAGUUCUGGGUGUUUGGGGAGUGGGUGGAUGUGGUGGUGGAUGACCGCCUGCCCACCAUCAACAGAGAGCUCAUCUACUGCCACUCCAAACUCAACAAUGAGUUCUGGAGUGCCCUGCUUGAAAAAGCCUAUGCCAAGCUCUCUGGCUGCUAUGAGUCGCUGGACAGGGGCAACACUGGUGAUGCGGUUGUUGAUUUCAGUGGAGCCGUGACAGAAGCCAUUAACCUGGAGGCUGAAGUUUUCCACAAAGACCAGGAGAAAAUAGACAACCUGUUUGAGGACUUGCUCAAAGUCUACGACAGGGGUGGAAUCAUCAGCUGCUCCAUCAAGGCGUCUCCUUCUGAAAUCGAGGCUUGGAUGGCGUGCGGGCUAGUGAAGGGCCAUGCCUACUCAGUGACUGCAGUGAAGAAGGUACGGUUGGGCCACGGUCUGAUGGCCUACUUCCAGAACAAGACCAUCCCCCUGAUCCGCAUGAGAAACCCCUGGGGAAAGACCGAGUGGAACGGAGCCUGGAGUGACAGCUCAGCAGAAUGGGAAAGGGUUGGCAGCAUGGAGAGGGAUAAGCUUGGCAUCACAGUAGAAAACGAUGGGGAGUUCUGGAUGGCGUUUCCAGACUGGUGUAAGUACUUCACGGAUGCAGACGUGUGUCAUCUCAUCAACACCUCUCUGCUCACCAUCCACAAGACAUGGCACGAAGUGGUGCAUUUCGGGAGUUGGACCAAGCAUUCAGAGCCUCUGCACAACCGCUGUGGCGGCUGCAUGAACUACAAACAGACCUUCCUACAGAACCCCCAGUACCUGUUUGACAUGACCAAGGAGGUGGACGAGGUUCUGAUCUCCCUACAGCAGAGAGACAUGAAGAUCCACAGACGUAUCGGCCAAGGAGAGAACCUCACCCUUGGCUUCACCGUCUUCAAGGUGGAACUGAACAGAAAGUACCGCAUGCAUAACAUCAUCACCCAGAUGAACGUGCAAACGUCGAAGUACAUCAACGCCCGCACGGUGUUCGCGAGGGUCACGCUCCCCAAGGGUCGCUACAUCAUCAUCCCCUCCACCUUAAAACCGGAGAUUCUGGGAGAGUUCAUGCUGCGGGUUUACACUGAUGUAGACUCAGGAUGCAGAGAGCUAACAGAACACAAACCCAGGAUGAGGUGUUGGAGUGCAUUCACUGGCUACCCCCAUGCUGUGUCCCAGAUCUACAUCCACGGAGCAGAGGGGCUGGAGAACCAGGACAGCACAGGGGGUGCAGAUCCAUAUGUGAUCGUGUCCUGUGAGGGCCACUCAGUCCGGUCAACAGUUAAGGCAGACACCCUGGACCCGGUGUUUGAGACCAGAGCCAUCUUCUACAGAAAGAAGCCCAGGAAGCCAAUCACUGUGGAGGUGUGGAAUAGUAACGCUGUGAAGGACCAGUUCCUGGGCCAGGUGGUUCUGACAGGCUCAUUAAAAGACUCGACCAAACCCCAGAGGCUCCAGCUAAGGAAAAGAGGCAGAGCCAUGGCCGACGAGAUGCCUGGCUCCAUCACCCUCCGCAUCGUCACCUGCACCGAGCUCACAGAGAUGUGACCUGGAUCAGCUGACUACUACCUGGGUCACAUUGAUCACAGAGAUGUGACCUGGAUCAGCUGACUACUACCUGGGUCACAUUGACAACGUAUACAACACUCUUGUCACCUCUUGCUUGCAAUAACAACGCCAGAAGGAGACUUUGUACAGGAGCUUAGGAACUUUGUACAAGACAUCAUUUGGUUGUCAGAAUGUCUAUGAAUGUGAGCUCAUAAUCUUUUAAGGACUGGCAUGGUCAUUGACCAAGAAGAACCUUCAAGCCUUCCGGAGUACAUUUUUUCUUACUGUUAUUGCAUUACUUUGUGUUUUGUAAAGAGACAAGUUAUGCCUUUUUGAAAGGUGAAUGAAUGUGAAAAAGUCCGCAUGAAGCAAGACAAAAUGCAAUUAUUUUAUACUAAACUAUACACUCUGAAACACAAUAGCUCACUGAAGUGAUACACAUAUUGUAUCUGUCUACAAAAUGAUGCAGCAUAUACAUUUUAAUAGCAUGUUUGUUAUCGUAUAGAAAUGUACGUGCCUCUUUUGAUAUUGUUGAGAAACAGACCAAAUGUUUCAGUUUUUGCUACACAAUAUUGUAAAGUCUUGAAUAACCUGAAUGUACAGUAUCUACAGUGUACGUUUUGGACUAUGGUCAUCAAUUUGUAUCCUUCCACUGAGCAACUUGAAAUGUCUAAAGGGUAUACUGCAUGUGUCUAAACUACCGUACUCCCUUGCUCAAAAUGACUUGCCGGGUAAUCCCUACUUAAAGGUCAAAGUAAAUCUAUUCAAACCAAAAAGUUAA